AUGGCGAGGAGACCGGACGAGUACGAUUACUUGUUCAAGGUCGUCCUAAUCGGUGAUUCAGGCGUUGGCAAAUCCAAUCUGCUCUCCAGAUUCACCCGCAACGAGUUCUGCUUGGAAUCCAAAUCCACCAUCGGCGUCGAAUUCGCCACCCGCACUCUUCAGGUCGAAGGCCGAACUGUAAAGGCCCAAAUAUGGGACACCGCUGGUCAAGAGAGGUACAGGGCCAUUACAAGCGCAUACUACCGUGGUGCCUUGGGUGCCCUUCUUGUGUACGACGUGACAAAGAAGACCACUUUCGAGAACGUGAACCGUUGGCUGAGAGAACUUAGGGACCACGCGGACUCCAACAUUGUUAUCAUGCUCAUAGGAAACAAAACUGAUCUCAAGCACCUCAGGGCUGUUGAUACAGAGGACGCUCAGGGUUUUGCCGAGAAAGAAGGGCUGUCGUUCCUCGAAACAUCUGCUCUAGAGGCGACUAAUGUGGAAAAAGCCUUUCAGACUCUCCUUUCUGAGAUUUAUCGUAUUAUAAGUAAGAAAGCGCUUGCCUCAAACGAGCCUGCUCAGUCUAACAUUAAAGAAGGAAAGACUCUUGUGGUCGGUUCUCAGGAGACAGAGGAUGCUAAAAAGACAUGUUGUUCGACAUAG